CGGCGGGGCUGUUGGCGGGCAGAUCGGGGCUGAUUGUAUUUGCCCACAGCGCGGCUAACAUUAUUGUGUGAAUCAGCUAGCAGCGUUUCAGGGAAAAGUAUUGCAUAUACACGCCGGUGAACUCCUAGGUAUCCUUCCCCGUUCUGGUUUUGGAUCUUCAGCCUUGUUAGGAAGCGGGUUAAUCGUAGGAUUUUCCCUUGGGCCUGCUCUUAUCCAAACAACCUUCUAAAGAUUUUCUCUCUAAAGUGCCCUCUGCAGACGUCAAACUGGCCACCGUAGCAGGAAAGAAGGGCAAGAAGGCUGAGGAGGAGGAGCAGCCCAUACAGGCAGCAGCAGCGGCUGCAGCUCCAGAACCAGCAGCCGCUGCAGCAGAGCCAGCAGCAGCCCCUGAGGAAGAGGAGGAGGAGGAAGAGGAGUAUGUGGUGGAAAAGGUCCUGGACCGCCGAGUGGUCAAGGGGAAAGCGGAGUUUCUGCUGAAAUGGAAGGGAUUCUCCAAUGAGGACAACACAUGGGAGCCCGAAGACAACCUGGACUGUCCAGACCUUAUUGCAGAAUACAUGCAGAAGCACAAAGAGAAGGAGGAGAAAAAGAAGGAAGGCAAAAGGAAAGCCAGCGAGGCUUCCGGCGACUCGGAAGAACGAGGAAGUAAGAGAAAGAAGGAGGAGGGGGAGAAGGCCAGAGGCUUCGGCAGGGGGCUGCAGCCGGAAAGGAUCAUCGGAGCCACAGAUUCCAGUGGAGAGCUGAUGUUCCUCAUGAAGUGGAAAAACUCAGAUGAGGCAGACCUAGUCCCAGCCAAGGAAGCCAACGUCAAGUGCCCCCAGGUGGUGAUUUCCUUCUACGAGGAGCGUCUCACAUGGCACUCGUACCCCACAGAGGAGGAGGAGAAGAAGGAAGAGGACAAAAAGGACUAGGUGAUGGGAGCCAAUGCCAGGAGGAGGAAGCAGUGUUGAGUUGCAGGGCAGGAAAUCAACAACACAACAGUGACUCUGAGCUCUGCUUUGUUGGCAAAAGUGUGAAAGGAUGGCUGAUGGAGGAGCAUUUGUUUUCCUGCCUUGCAAAGAGCUGUCAAAAAAGGCUCCCACCUUUAUAUGAGUGAAAGUGAUUUAGAAGGCGGAUGUCUGCUGUGCUGUGUGCUGGGAUCUGGUGCUCCUGUUGUAAUUCCAGAUGACUGAAACUCUGUUCCCUGUGAUGUAAAAGGGCCUGAAGAUGAAAGUGUUGAAUGCACACAGUUUGUCUCUUUCACACAGUAGUGUUUUUCUAGAAGGCAACUGGCUGAUGGUGCACAAAGAUGCCUCACAGCUGGCUGGCUGGCUUUAGGAUGCACAGGUGGGAGCUUUUUUUGACAGCUUAUCACAGGAGAAGGCAAAGCAUCUGU